GCCUUCGUUGCCGUGGGAAACGACCCGGGACCUGGGAGGGAGAAAAGACGUUUCCCGCCGGCGGGAGCUGCGGUUGUGGCGGCUAGGGGAGCUCAGUUGCGGCGGGGCACAGCUCCGCGGCACCAUGGCGGACCAGUUUUAUCUGGAAAAUAUAGACGAGUUCGUCACGGACCAGAACAAGAUCGUGACAUACAAAUGGCUGAGCUAUACACUAGGAGUUCAUGUUAAUCAGGCCAAACAGAUGCUCUAUGAUUACGUUGAAAGGAAGCGAAAGGAAAAUUCAGGAGCCCAACUGCAUGUCACCUAUUUAGUGUCUGGCAGUCUCAUUCAGAAUGGACAUUCUUGCCACAAGGUUGCAGUAGUGAGAGAAGAUAAAUUGGAAGCAGUGAAGUCCAAGCUAGCGGUGACUGCCAGCGUACAUGUGUACAGCAUCCAGAAAGCCAUGCUAAAGGACAGUGGGCCUCUGUUCAAUACCGACUAUGACAUCCUUAAAAGCAACUUGCAGAACUGCAGCAAGUUUAGUGCCAUCCAGUGUGCAGCUGCAGUCCCUAGAGCCCCUGCUGAAUCCUCAUCUUCUGAAACGUUUGAGCAGUCAGAUCUUCCGGUAUCACCUGAGACACAAGCCAGUAAUGAGUUGACCACCAAUGGUCAUGGCCCAUCUAUCCCCAAACAGAGUUCCCAGCAGCCCAAAGGAAUCAUGGGCAUGUUUGCUUCUAAAGCUGCUUCUAAAGCCCAAGAUGCCAAUAAGGAAACCAAAACAGAGGCUAAAGAAGUAACAAAUGCAUCUUCGGUAGGCCCCAAGGCACCAGGGAAAGGGAAUGUCAUAAGCAAUUUUUUUGGAAAAGCUGCUAUGAAUAAACUUAAAGUCAAUUUGGACUCAGAACAAGAAGUGAAAGAAGAAAAAAAAGUGGAGCAACCUCCACUGUCUGUCACGGAACCAAAGCUGGCAGCCCCUGUGGGCCUGAAGAAAUCUAGCAAAAAAGCAGAGCCUGUUAAGAUGCAACAGAAAGAAAAAAAGAGGAGGAAGCAAGUGGAGUUAUCUGAUGAUGAGACGAAAGAAACUGAAAACAUGAAGAAAAAGAGGAGAAGAAUCAAACUUCCUGAGUCUGAUAGCAGUGAAGAUGAAGUCAUACCAGACUCUCCUGGAGCUUAUGAAACUGAGUCACCAUCCCCACCUCCUCCUUCUCCUUCUCCUGAACCAGUGCUGAAGACUGAGCUGGAGCCGCCUCCUGUCAAGGGCUCCAAUGAAGAAAACAAAAGAAAACGAAAACGUGUGCUAAAAUCUAAAACCUUUAUGGAUGAGGAGGGCUGCAUGGUGACUGAGAAAGUCUUUGAGAGUGAAUCCUGCACAGAUAGUGAAGAAGAGCUUAAGAUGAAGACUUCCUCUAUCCAUAGGCCUCCUGCCAUGGCUGUGAAAAAGGAACCUAAAGAGGAACGAAAAGGCCCCAAGAAGGGAACUGCUGCUAUGGGCAAAGCCAAUAGACAAGUGGCCAUUACUGGCUUCUUCGCGAGAAAGUGAACUGCCAUCUCUGUUAGGUCAGAGAUGUGGUGUGGUCAAGGGACAAGCCCAGGACGUGCAGACUCUCACUUACUGUGUAAGUUCAUCCAGCGCCUCGCCUCACCUGUGUCGAAAGACUGUUCUUCCACCCUGCAAGGUUUAUAUGGCUUCUCGUUUUCAACAAAAAGGAAAUCACCUGGACGCAAGAGGCAAAAGAAUAUUUGAAAAGCUGUUACCUUCUAAUGACAUUUUUUAAAGCACAAUUUUGACCUGUCCAGGAGAAGAUUUCACUCCAAAAAUAAAUUGGAACAGGUUUCUGAAUUAUCACUGAAGCCGUUAAUGGCUAAUCCACUGUGUCCUACGCAUCCUCUGCCCUUAUCCAUCCAUGUAUGGCUCAGGAAGUGAUCCUCCUUGUUCUUUUGUAUUCCAUGGACUUGUGCAGGUAUUCUUUUAUCCCUGAAUUUUACUGGGUGUGUCUGUCAUUCCCCCACCCUCCCUUCCCCACUGCCACCCUUCUGUGUAAAGUAUUUUCUGUAAGUCUUUUAAAUCUUGGACUAAGGCUGAGACAAAAAUCUGCCUGUAACCCUCUUUUCUUCCAUUAUAAAGUACACUGACACCUGGCCCCAGACCAGCAUGUUACUUGUGCUCUCGCCCUUUCUCAAAAGCUCUUCCUCUCUAGACCUUUACCUGCAAUUAGUGGUUGGGGAAAGCCUGAGGCAGAACGCAAACAGAAAGCAAUGCUGUAUUCACCCCACCAGAAACUAUAGUCAGCACUGAUGAUGUGAGAGGAUUUGUCAUGUUGCUGACAUAGGGUGUGCUGUGUAUUGCUCUUUGUGAUUUUUGUCUCCUCUCCACUCUCCCUUUCCCACUCUCAAGACCUAGAGAGGGAAACCCACACAGUGAAAUGAAGGCUAAAAAGAGAAGUCCCUUCUUACACACAGUGUACAGCAGUUAAGUAAAAUUUCUCCUUUUCAAGGAACCUGAAUGUUAGAAACAGCAGUUUUCCAGAAAGGUGUUGAGGAAGAGGUAAAGCACCUUGUCUGUCAGUCUCGCUCCUCUGUAAUUUUAACUCCCCACGUGCUUAAAAGUAGAGGUUCCCCAAGAAGAGAUGGAGAGAGCCAAGUCAUUCAUUGGUACAUCUAAACAUUUUCAUUUUUUAUUCGUGGAAAAUCAUUUAUUCCAGUGAAAACGUGGAAGCAACUUCCCCUAUGGCUGGACAGUGAGCUUGGGGGAUGGAGGUGGUGUGGCAGUGACCUUGCACUGUGAGCUUUGAGGAAAGGAAAGGAACACAGGCUCAGCUGCUGGCCUGACUCAUGACUUAACAGAGGAGGGAUGUCUGACUUGCCUCUUGCUCCUUCCACCUUCGCCUGGUGUAUGUCGUAAGUGAUGCAGUCAGCCAUCUACUGUUUAAGGUUAGGUUUGUGACUGACCUUGAAUUAAUAGGAGCUUCUUUAAGCAACUGUCACUCAGGCCCCUCCAGCUAGGCACCCCAUGUUCUUGAUUAAAACCAGAGGUUUGGGAGAUGAGUCCUGGCGAUAUGUCUACAACUUGAGAAGACAGAGGCUUUGUGAGCAAGCUGAGUAAAGGUUGACAUAUUCCAAACCCCUUUCUUUUUAAAACGUAAAAGGACAGAGAGAAGGCUGGAAAGGCUGAACUUAAACCUUUACAAAAAAAUUUCUGGAGAGGAAUCCCUUUUAAAUGGUUAUUUUUGUCAUUGCCUCUAGUCAUUUUUCUAACUAGUAAUGGAAAAUUAAAAAAAGCAACAAUCCAGUCGUUUUUAAAAAAAUUACAUUGGGAUCUCAAAUAAAAUCACAUUUCGAAUUGGAAACCUCUGGUGCUGGUGGAGUUCUGUCUUUGCAAGGAUAACGCAAAUCCUGUGAUCACUGUGCCCAGUAUGCUGCCUACACUCUGAGCCAUCUGUGAGGCUUGGUAAGUAGUAAGCACUGGCUGUUUUUUUUCUUUUUGUUUAAAAAAAAAAACCCUACCAUGUUAUUCACAUGAGUUAAAUAAAUUUGAGAAGUUGUUUUAAAACAGUGCUUCAAA